GAACCCCGAGUCUACAAAAAAACAAGAAGACAGGAAAGGGAUAAGAAGGGUUUCGUUCGUCUCUGGUUUCACUCUUCUCACUUCUCAGAACGCUUAACACAGUAAGCACUCUUUCCCUGCUUUUCUCUCUCUGGAUUCAGUUUUUAUGUACAGAGUCCAUUCAAGUAUCUGUUACUUUGUUUCAAUCAACACUUUCUCAUGAAUUUCUGAGUUCAGUUUGACCUCUGUUAUAAUACGAGUAGGAUUGACUAUGGAUUUGAUAGUACCCGUGAGCCAAACCCAUGAGGGGCUUUACUCAUUGCAGCAUGUUCAUAGGGAGAGCACUACAAAAACCGGUUUGGGGACGAGGGCUAGGUUUCGCUCAAACCUUGUUUUAGGGUACAAAGCUCGCUUUCUUGCUUUAUGUGAUGGUACUAGCAAUGAGUGUAAAAAAAUCGGGGGGUCUCGAAACCAGAGGCGAAACCAAGUUUUUGCUGCCCUGAGAGCUGAUACAUUUAGUUCCAAUGGCAAAUUGCCAUAUGCUGAGAAAAGCCAGCAUGUUCAUUUGAGUGGUGGAAAUUACACAUCAAAUUCCUCAAGCAGUAUUGAGGAACAUGAGAGUAAUAAUCAUCUUCGUCGAUUGGUUAGAAAUGGGGAAUUGGAGGAUGGGUUUAAAUUUCUUGAGAGUAUGGUUUAUCGGGGUGAUAUUCCUGAUAUUAUACCGUGCACAAGUUUGAUUAGAGGGUUUUGUCGUAUUGGUAAGACCAAGAAGGCCACUUGGGUUAUGGAAAUUCUGGAACAGUCAGGGGCGGUUCCUGAUGUUAUAACUUACAAUGUUUUGAUUAGUGGGUAUUGCAAGUCAGGGGAGAUCGAUAAUGCUCUACAGGUGCUCGACCGAAUGAAUGUUGCUCCCGAUGUUGUUACAUAUAAUACCAUUUUGCGUACUUUGUGUGAUAGUGGCAAAUUAAAGCAAGCAAUGGAAGUUCUUGAUCGGCAAUUGCAAAAAGAGUGUUAUCCUGAUGUGAUAACAUACACCAUUUUGAUUGAAGCAACUUGCAAGGAAAGCGGUGUUGGGCAGGCAAUGAAGCUCUUAGAUGAGAUGAGGAAUAAAGGUAGUAAGCCUGAUGUUGUCACUUAUAAUGUUCUUAUUAAUGGGAUUUGCAAGGAAGGGAGGUUGGAUGAAGCAAUCAAAUUCUUGAAUAAUAUGCCAUCGUAUGGUUGCCAACCUAAUGUGAUUACCCAUAAUAUCAUUUUGCGGAGUAUGUGUAGUACGGGAAGGUGGAUGGAUGCCGAGAAACUCUUAGCUGACAUGCUUCGAAAAGGAUGUUCCCCUAGUGUUGUCACCUUCAAUAUCUUGAUUAACUUCUUGUGUCGGCAGGGACUAUUGGGCAGGGCAAUUGACGUUUUGGAGAAAAUGCCUAUGCAUGGAUGCACUCCUAAUUCAUUGAGCUAUAAUCCAUUGCUUCAUGGGUUUUGCAAAGAAAAGAAGAUGGAUAGAGCAAUUGAAUAUCUGGACAUAAUGGUGUCUCGGGGGUGUUAUCCAGAUAUUGUGACCUAUAAUACUUUGCUCACUGCUUUAUGCAAAGAUGGGAAGGUUGAUGUUGCAGUUGAGAUUCUUAAUCAGUUAAGUAGCAAAGGUUGUUCUCCUGUUUUAAUAACUUAUAAUACAGUUAUUGAUGGGCUUUCAAAGGUGGGGAAAACAGAACGAGCCAUAAAGUUGUUGGAUGAGAUGCGGAGGAAGGGUCUCAAACCUGAUAUAAUUACCUACUCUUCGCUUGUCUCAGGGCUUAGUAGAGAAGGAAAGGUUGAUGAAGCCAUUAAAUUUUUUCAUGACUUGGAAGGAUUAGGUAUCAGGCCCAACGCAAUCACCUAUAAUUCUAUCAUGUUGGGACUGUGCAAGUCUCGGCAAACCGAUCGGGCCAUUGACUUCUUGGCUUAUAUGAUAUCCAAGCGAUGUAAACCCACUGAAGCUACAUACACCAUUCUCAUUGAAGGUAUUGCAUAUGAAGGUUUAGCCAAGGAAGCUCUGGACUUGUUGAAUGAGCUGUGCUCCAGGGGACUUGUGAAGAAAAGCUCAGCAGAACAGGUGGCAGUCAAAAUGUAACCUGGAGUACAUGCCAGCUUUUACUCUUGGACGAGUAGUCUCUGCAAGCAAGAUCCAAGGUUAAUUUUGUUAGAUAACAACCCACAUAAUGUAGCCUUUUCCUUACUAUGUUUGGUUUCAGGUUAUAUUUGGUACACUCGUGAAUUUUUUUUUACUUGGUUGUCUCGCUUUAAUCUACAUACGGAUACCCAUUCGUACUUGCCUUGUUCUA